AUGGCAUUCGACCAAAUCGUAAUACUCAUAAAGUGGCGCCAACAGCAUAGUGAAAGCCUACUGGUGCGUCGCCUGGAUCCUGUGAUUGGUUCCCCAGUCAUCCUCAGGGGUGUAGGACUAUCAAUUUCCUCUAACAGGAUCUAUUUGAAUGGAGGUGGCGAUUCCAUUGUGAAGGAUGUCUUCGAAAAGCUUCUUCGCCUUUACGCACACAAACGUAUUCAUGUGGGUCAGAUAAUAGGCGAUUUCUAUGAAUUGCCCAGAGCCAAAGCUGUUGAAGAGCUUAAAAAUCCUGCCACCUCUUCCAUGAUGUACGCGGCAUUCGAAACAACAGAACUUAGCAUUGGUGGAGAUUUCAUAACCUUCCCCAUCUUUUACGCACCUUAUAUAGUUGUGGCCAACAUUCCUGGACUCUGCAAUGGCAACGAAAAUAUCACCACUUUACUUCUGACCUAUCACCUUCUGCGAGAAAUUCUUCAAGGCAAUGUUACCACAUGGAAUCAUUUCGACAUACAAACCCUCAACCCAGUAUCAAACUCGAAUGUUACCAAUUCUUGCCUGUCGAACGAUAACAUAUUCUGCCUCGAAAGGGGUCCAUCCUAUCUUCAUUCUCCAUUGUUCGGAGCAGCCUCCCUUUGUUAUGCCAUUCCCUUUUCACUAAGUUUCUCGUCUCGCACUCAAGCAGACCUCUAUAACCUUAUGCGAGUUGAGCUAACGGAAUCGAAAACAAAACUUAUGCCAUCGUUACCCUCUAUUGAAUCCAGUGUUUACGAUCUACCUCAUCCCGCUGCUUACCCCUUGUUCGCAAAGAUUUCUAUAACCACCAGAAAUCUGUGGUCAACUGCCGGACGAUUAACCUCAAACGUUUGUAGAGAAGCAGCUGAAUUGAAGCGCUUUCUGAAAUGGAUCUUAACAUCUCAUAGUGCUAAAGAGGUUCUAGAUGAUGCCUUGUGUGUCAGAGUUGAUUCUGCAACGUCAAACAGGGUACUUAAAAGCGACUUAAGUAGUAUAAAGUGUCGUCAAAAUAAGGUCCUAACCUCUGUGGACGCCUAUGCUCAACGUGACACCGAAACAUUGGACAUUGAAGGAGAGGACGGUGAUCUUGACACUCUCACGAUCCUCUUGGUAACUGGAAACUGCUUUGGGAUUCUACUUUUUGUUUUUGGACUCAUGUUGAUAAGACGAUUUUUGAAUCAGCUAGCUGAAAUCCGCAAUGACGUAUGGAUGAUAAAGGAGUUGGAUUUAAUUCCAUCCGAUUCGGAACGCUUGGAGUCCUUCACAACACUAAUUUCACAGGUAUCAUCCCGACAGAGCUAUAGUCAAAUUGAUCUCCGAGAAACCUGCCAACGCUGCUCCAUUGCCACCCCUUGUUCGAGUGUUGCCGACAUGCGAACAAUAUUCGGCAUCUACAAGUCGAUCAGUGUGACCCUGUGUGCCACUCGCAUUCCUCUGUCAACCGCAUUCGACUACGCCACACGAAAAGCACUCAUCGGAUUACGCAAAAUUUCGCACAGCAACGUUCUUCGCUUUUAUGGUCUUGCUAACCUUGGCGACAAGGACAUUCGAACAUUCCUCGAUGGAAUUGAAAACGAGGCAUGGAGAUUUGCUCCAGAAGAUGACAUCUCCGAUAACCAAGACUUUGCCAUGUGUAAUACGGAUCUUCCUUACUACUAUGCAGUGCGAGAACAAUGCACAGGCGAGAGCAUCUUUUUCUUUAUGCACUGUUCAUCCAUGAAUUUCCCUACAGAAGCGAAAAUACCGGUUAUUGUUCAGCUCAUUGACGCCGUCGACUACCUGCAUGGCCAUGGAAUUGUCCACGGCAAGUUAAAUUCCCAGUGCUGCUACUUUGAUCACAAUUUUAACAUAAAGGUGAGUGAUUGGGAGCACUCUGAAAUGUUGGAAAAGUAUCUCCGUCUACACACCACAGAUGUGUACCUUCCUUCAAAAUUUAUUGCAUUCUUGCAAAAAAAUAGUGUGAUACGAUCCACAUCUGACAAGAAGAAUCGAAUUUUACAAUGUCUCAACAUGAAUGGCGUAAUGCGGUUGCGAUGGAGACCGCCCGAAUGUUUAAGCCUUGAACUUCCAUUAGUGAAGAAAUCGUUUUUGCAUCCUCCAAAUCCCACUAAUGAUAGGAACGAAUUACAUGAGCUUGCAGAAGGAGGCGAAAACGAUGGAGAAAUUAACUGUGCUGAGAUACCUCUUUCACACUUCCAGGAUCCAACUGUUGAUAUUUACAGCAUUGGAGUGCUUAUCAAUGAGGUGUGGUCCAGAGCAAUCCCCUACUCGGAAAUUGAUCCUGAAUACAGAGAUGAGUUUCAACUUCUUGACGCAAUCUCACGUGGUGAUUUAAAGUUGGAGAUAUCUCCAUCCAUACCAGCAAUUUUGGAAAACAUUGUUAAUGACUGUAUAUCCUUGGUGCCCAUGAAUCGCCCAAAUAUUUCGUCAUUGAAGAAGCAAGUCAAUGAUCUGGCUGAUACAACACAGACAGGACUUGAUGUCUACCUGGAUAUCAUGGACAGAAGAAUAAAGGACACUGAAAGGAGGGUAGCAAACUUAGACGAGGAGGAGAGGUGCUUAAAUGAAGUCCAAGAGGCUAUUUUUAGAGAAUUCCUACCCAAAUCCCUGGUUGAAAAUGCCCUAUUCUCGAUCUCGCAUGAAAUUGACGAGAAGACAACUCUCGAUCGCUGUUUUUCUACAUCACGAUAUUCUCGAGUGACUGUUUGUGCCCUUCGUCUGCUUAAUUUCAACGAAUCCACACAGACAUUACCUCUAGAUGAGGUAUUUUUAGCUCUUAAUCGACUGAGUAGGAUGCUGACAAACAUUGUCGAGGAUUGGAAGGUCUUGCGCAUUUCUUCAUUCGGUAACAUCAGUGUCGUGGUUGUUGGUAAAUCUAACCUAGGAACAAUGAUGAUGAUGACAAGUGAUCCACAGAGUGAGGACAAUGAUGCUGCGAAGCAGGCUAUUUCCGUGGCUGAGUGUGCUCUUGAUCUACACAACUGUCUUCGAUGUUUCGGAAAGGUACCAAGGACAGAAGUAGAGCCCGAAUUUGCUAUCGCUUUGGAUACCGGAGCAGUGUCUAUGGCAUUAAGGAAUGGCAGUGCCCCAACGUAA